UUUACGUCCAUCUCAGCCCUGUCAUGCAUCGUCCGGAUUACGGUAUAAGUGCUGGUACCAGGCUGUUUGACCGAGGGCCUCACAACCCCAUCCCCACCCACAAUUAUCUCAGUGGAGAUGGAAAGUCUCUCAUCUGGAAAGGCCCCUCCCACUACGUCCCGUCGGAGAGGACCUGGAUAGACCAACACCAUUACCGAUCGUUGCCUAGAGACACAAAACGUGACGCCAAGGAGAUGCAGAGCGAGGACCAAUGGGUGGACUUCAUGAGACAGAGGGACACGCCUUCUGGAUACUACCACAAAGACAUAGGUGUGUUGCAAACUGGAGUACCCGAAUGUCGCCUGUUCGGAUACACUCGGGAUUUACCUAGCAUGCCCCCACGAGACCUCCAAGACAUCUCCUGGCCGAAAUCUGAUGCCUUUGUUCCACUAGAAAGAGCUGACCGAGGGAAAUAUUACGGUUAUUAUCACGAGGCUAUUGAGCGGGAAAGAGAACGAAGAAAGAAGGAGCUUCCCGAAAGUAUGAGAGUGGAAGCCAGAGACAUUCCGAUGUUAUAGAAAUUUGUGCAAUUCCAGGAAGUUAAAUAUAAAUGUGUGUAUUUAUUCGUGCAGUAUUAUACCUGUGUAAUUAUUGUAAACAUGUCAAGAAUACUUGGACUAUUCUCGUAUAACUGGAUGUUUAUCUGGCUUGUUUU